AUAAAAAAAGAAAAUUUUUCUUUUUUACUUACUAUAAAGAAAUAAAACCUUGACGACACUACUUUUGGAUUGCCCUAAGUAAAAGUUCCUUAUUGAACAUUUGUGUCUGUGUUCGGUAGUCAAUGCACAAUCCAAUCAGAAAUGUCGAUUGUUAUGAACUCGAUAAUCGAAUUUUCGUUUUCUACAAAAUAAGGUUUUUUUCAAAAACUCGAGAUGUUUGUACUUCGCACUGCAUUUCGUAUUCGAGUCGAAACUCGAAUACCAUCUAGUUUGUUUUUGUUUUUUCUUGCAAUUCUAUGUGAGUCAAGAAAUUGCCAUGUAUUUCUAUUAAAUAUAUAUAUAUAUAUACAUGGGACUUUUUUCUUGAUUCGGUAAUUCUUUUAUGUUGAUUUUCAAUCAUAUAUAAAUUGUUUUACAUUUAUUGAUAAAUAAUAAGAAAUAAAAUAUGAAAAAUUUGAUAAAUACAUUUGAAAGUUUAUCUCGAGAAAUUUUACUUGAAAUAUUUGAUUAUCUUUCAAUAAAUGAUUGUUUUAAUUCAUUUUAUAAUCUUAAUUGGAAAAUAAAUUCAACAUUAAAUUUAUGUGGUUUUUCAAUUGAUUUAACAUCAAUAUCACAACAAACAUAUAAUGAAUUUUAUAAAAAAUUAAUAUUUUUUCAAAUUAUUAUUAUCAUAUACGUAAAUUAAAAUUAAGUAAUGAUUUAACAAUAAAUUUACUUGAAAAUUUUUUCAAUUAUUUUCAUCUUGAUGAUUUUAAACAACUUCGAUCAUUAACAUUAAUUAAACUAUUAUAUAUGACAUUAGGUAGUUUGGCUUUAAUUAUACCUCAUCUUAAACAACUUGAACAUAUAUCAAUUGAUUCAUCUUCAUAUCCAGAUCAUUUUUUUGAAUUAAUUACAAAAACAUCAUCAUCAAUUAAAUCAUGUUAUUUACCUGGUUUAGAAAUUCAAUAA